AUGCCAUGUAUUUUGAAAUUUAAUAUAAUAAAACUAACUGAAUUUUCCCGGAACCAUCAAAUACAGGCAUUUCAAGAAGAAAACUAUGAUUUAGUCUUCUUUUUUAAUCAGACCCAAAGCAGUUCUGUGACUAUUUCCUGUGGACCUCUAUCCUUUACCGAAAAUAACGAUACCCUUUCUAUUGCUGCCAACAAUCAAACCGAAAAUAAUAAUCAGGAGCCUGCAACAAGGCCUUCAAUAGAUACCUCAAGCACAUCCUCAACGAUAUACAGACAGGUUUCAUACGAGUUACAUCAGGUUAUAUCGGAACAGCCAUUGGCAGUGACAUCGGGCCAUAAACUUAUACAUUCGUUGAAAGCAAAGGAAAUCAGUUCAAUAUGUCUCUGUACUGUGUUUGGAACUGGAUUGAUCGUUAGCUCAGCAUCAUCAUUAGCAACAGCAGGGCCUAUUUCCCUAUUGAUUGCAUUUAGUAUAAUGGGAUUUGUAACUGUUCAGGUCAUCAACUCGCUUGCUGAAAUGGCAACAUAUAUACCACUUCCCAACGGUUAUUCUGGUUAUACGUCAAGAUACUUGGAUCCCUCUUUAGGGUAUGCAUUAGGGUAUUGUUAUCUAUUGUCUAACUUGAUAUGUGGACCAAAUCAAUUGACAGCCGGAGUCUUGGUUAUUCAGUAUUGGAUUUCGAAUGAAAAAGUCAAUGCAGGAGUUUGGAUCACAAUUCUUAUGAUAAUCGUCACUGCUACCAACACCAUUCGAGUGGGCAAGUUCGGUGUAUUAACAACCGUUAUAAUUAGCAUCAAGUUACUUAUAUUGAUCGGGGUGAUAAUCUUGUUGUUUUUAUUAUUUUUAGGGGGAGGACCAAAGCACGAUACUAUUGGAUUCAGAUACUGGAAAGACCCUGGGGUUUUUGCCCCAUAUUCUGAUACUUUGGAGGAAAACACUGGAAAGUUUGUUUCAUUUUUAUCUGUGUUAGUCUCUGCAGCUUAUUCAUACCUUGGAGCAGAAACUUUUGUUGUUACUGCUGGAGAAUCAGUCCAUCCCAGAAGAACUAUUCCUAAAGCCAGAAAAUUGAUUAUUUAUCCAUUGGUGUCAAUUUAUGUAAUUACAAUCUUAUUCAUCGGAUUGUGUGUUCCAUAUAACGAUGAAAGCUUAGUUGAAAUCGAGCCUUAUUCAUCACCGAUUAUUAUUGCAAUUCAAAAUGCAAGCAUACAAAUUCUACCGGAUAUUUUCAAUGCAUGCAUCUUAAUAUUUAUUUUGUCAGCAGCUAUAUCAACUUUUUAUAUCAGCACAAGAGUUUUAUAUGGACUAUCAGUUUCAGGGAGUUGCUUCAAGAUAUUCUCUAAAACAAGCAACGUAGGUAUACCAUAUUACACCAUUGGCUUUGUUACAGUAUUCAACACACUAGCAUACAUGAACACUACCCAGCAAUCUAAAGAGGUAUUCAAUUAUCUUGUUGAUGCCAUUGGAUCCCUUGGUUUGAUUUUAUGGGAUUGCAUUCUUAUGACACAUUUGUACUUUAUCAAAGCAUUUCAAAAACAAGGUUUAAACAGAAAAAUCGAGUUAAAAUACAUUACAGCUGGAUCUCCAUAUACAACCAUUGUUGCCUUGGUAUUAUCAGUGAUAUUAACACUUAUAACCAACUUUACAGUAUUCAUUGACAUAGGAAAUGGAUUUGAUUAUAAAUCAUUCAUCAGUGGAUACAUCGGAAUUCCCAUUUUUUUUAUUUUUUUUAUCAUCCAUAAACUAGUGUUCAAAACUAGUUUCAUCAAGCCAGAAGAAACAGAUUUGUAUUUCUAUAAGGACUUUGUUGAUGCUGAAGAAGAAGAAUACUUAAAGGCUAAUGAAAACCAAAAAGAUUUUAAAAAUAGUAGUGUUUUAAGCCGGAUCAGUCGAUUCUUCUCAAAGGUCCUAGAUUGA